AGACGGUUGAGUUGGGCCGAUGUCAAAUCCUUGGACCAGAGUGGGGAUCAUCUUCUUCCUAAUUUCAUAAAUAUAGGGUUAGGGUUUUACAUGCCGACUCUGAUUUUGGGGUCUGUAGUUAGGGUUUUAGAGUGAAGAGAGAAAAGGGAGAGCAAUAAUGGAUUCUUUCUCGACUGGUUCAAGCGGAGCAGGAUCUCAUCAAAUGUCACAAUCGGAAUUCAUGGAGCAGAUGAAGCUCCAGCUUGCCCAAGCUUAUGCCCAGGAGUUCGUCGAGACUUUGAGGGAGAAGUGUUUUGACAAGUGUAUCACAAAACCAGGAUCAAGUCUGAGUGGAAGCGAGAGUAGCUGCAUCUCCAGGUGUGUGGAUCGCUACAUCGAAGCAUCUGGUAUCGUUGGCAGAGCUCUCUUUAAACAGUGAUAUUGAGGACCAUGGAACUCAAUUAAAGAAUAUCAAACCUGCUGUGCUCGAUUUUUCAAGUAAUAUGACAUUUUAGAGGAGUGUAGAAAUUAUUUGGUUUUCUAUUAUUUAAGUACUCUUAAGUUCCGAGUCCUGCAACUUCAGAUCUCCAGAGUCUGAACUUUUACAUGUUAUUUUAUUUUCUUUGAGCAUACCAUAAUAACUAACAAUCGUGAAG